UCACUUUUCAACAUGAAGCUGUGACAGGUAAGAGCAUCACCCUAAAACUUUGCCUCCCCCCCUUUCCCAGAGGUAAUGACUCAGUGUGGUUUAUAUCCUUCCAGACUAUUUUCCUGGCUUGAUAUGUGUUUCCAUAGCAUUUCAUUUUGUGUGUGUGUCACAAUCAGGAUUAUGCGGAAUGUAUCAUUCUCCCCCCUUUUGCACUCAGAAACCAUCUUCCUUGUUACAUACAGAGGCAGCUCACCCUUUCAAUCCCUGCCUGGGACAGUGUGAUUCUUUCACAGUCUAUUUAACCAACCAUUAUUUGAUGAAUAUCUAUUUCCAAUAUUUCCCAUGACAAAUCAUAUUUUUUUCCAAAGGUGUCUGCCUCCUUAGGAUGUGCAUCAGUGAUGUUAUGGGUGGCAGCCUAUGCUCAUUUCUGGUUUUCAAAGAUCUUGCCAAAUUACCCUUCUAAGUGUAAGUGUGUGUGGGGGGGUUGCGGGCAGGGGUGUCAGUUUCUCUUCUUUGGGGCUGUUUACUCCUGGUUUUUUGUGUGCAGUGGCUGCAGGGUGGCAGGGAGCCAAGGGGCGGCAGGAAGAAAUUCAUCUCUAGGUGUUACAGGCUGGGAGGCACCGCCGCGGGGACCUCUCCAGGGUGGGUGUGAAUGGGAGCUUUGUUCCUGGGUCCAUCCCUGAGCAGAAUCCAGAAGUCCAGACGUGCGGAGGUGACAAACAGAGCCAUGCAUCUAGACCCUGCCCCUGACUGACUCAGAGACACCAUGAAGUUACAGGAUUUCUACACACAUGGGUAAUGGGGUGGGGGGCAAACCCUGCAAUCAUUAGGUUGUUUAAAAAAAAAAAAGGGCAGUAAAAGAGGCUGACAUUAACUGUAAAAACGUAAAGGAAGAAAGCCAAGCUAAUUUGCAUCCUCGCAGAAGCCGGAGGUCCAGAGGGGAUGCUGGGGCUUGCGGGGAACAGGACCAGAGGAAGGGGUGUAUGGAGGAUCAGGUCCUGACAGAGGCGGGGGUGGGGGUCAGAUGGGACGGAGGGAAGCGGGAGGGAAAGGAGGCAGCGUGAGGAGGGGACCGCAAGUGGCACGGUAAGAGGAGCGAGGAGAGGGCCUCGCGGGGAGAGAGAGGCUGCGUCCUGUCUGUUUGUGAUUAGCACGAAGCCCGGUGCAGAACGGAGUAAACAGAAACUUCCAGGCGUCCCCACACCCCCCUCUGAGGCAAAGCAGAAAUCAGAUGCUCCGUGAUUAAUCGUGGAGAGUUCAGGACACGACCACAAACGCUGUGCGGACUUGAAAUUAGCUGCCUUUCCUCGGUCCCCUUGCCAAGAUGGGAGUGGGGGGUGGGACGUGGAGGGGUGGGGGCCCCGCCUGCGGGGGGCCGGCAUGGAAUUCUCCCUGGCAGAGCGCAGAGUGACACUGACGGGCAAUCGGCCGCGGCCAGAGCAGCAGGCAGCAUCCGGGGGGAACGGGCCGGCUUGGGGAGAGUACCCAGGCGGGCUUCCCGGAACCCUGACACCGGCCGAUAAGAGCCCCGCGGCGCUAUCGGAGCCCAGCGGCCCCGUCCCCUCGGCACCGCAAGGAAGACUCGGGGGCAGGGGGUCCUCGGAGGCCACCUUCCGAGCGGACAGCCCGGACAGGCUCGGCUCCUGAGCCCUGCAGCGGAUGGGGGCCGACGCUUGCUUCAGCCACGGAGAAAGGAGGACGGCGUGACACGGUCCUGAAUGUCCAGACUCGCUGGAGGGUGACAGCCAUGUCGGUGAGGGUGCGGUUCCUGUCCUCCGGGGAUGCGGGGGCCGUGGGGGUCAUGGGCCGGAGCGCCUCCUUCGCGGGCUUCAGCAGUGCCCAGAGCCGGAGGAUCACAAAGUCCACCCACAGGAACUCAGUGAGGCCUCGAAUGCCUGCGAAAUCCUCCAAGAUGUAUGGCACGCUGGGAAAGGGGUCUGUCUGCUUGGACCCCAAGCCACAGCAAGUGAAGAAGAUCUUCGAAGCACUGAAGAGAGGCCUCAAGGAGUAUCUGUGCAUCCAGCAGGCUGAGCUAGACUACCUGUCAGGACGCCACAAGGACACCCGCAGGAAUUCCAGGCUGGCUUUCUACUACGACCUGGACAAGCAAACACGCUCUGUGGAAAGGCAUAUUCGGAAGAUGGAGUUUCACAUCAGCAAGGUGGACGAGCUCUACGAAGGCUACUGCAUCCAGUGCCGCCUGCGCGAUGGCGCGUCCAACAUGCAGCGGGCCUUCUCCAGGUGCCCGCCGAGCCGCGCCUCCCGAGAGAGCCUGCAAGAGCUGGGCCGCAGCCUGCAGGAGUGCACCGAGGACAUGUGGCUCAUUGAGGGGGCCCUGGAGGUUCACCUGGGCGAGUUCCACGUCAGGAUGAAAGGCUUGGUGGGCUACGCUCGCCUCUGUCCCGGAGACCAGUAUGAGGUGCUCCUGCGCCUGGGCCGCCAGCGCUGGAAGCUGAGGGGGCGGAUCGAGUCUGACGACAGCCAGACCUGGGACGAGGAGGAGAAGGCCUUCAUCCCCACCUUGCAUGAGAACUUUGAGAUCAAGGUGACAGAGCUUCGGGGCCUGAGCUCGCUGGCGGUUGGCGCAGUGACUUGUGACAUCACCGACUUCUUCACCACCCGGCCGCAGGUCAUCGUGGUGGACAUCACAGAGCUGGGCACCAUCAAGUUACAGCUGGAGGUGCUGUGGAACCCGUUUGAUACCGAGAGCUUCCUGGUGUCGCCCAGCCCCACAGGCAAGUUCUCCAUGGGCAGCAGGAAGGGCUCUUUGUACAGCUGGACACCCCCGAGCACCCCCAGCUUCCGGGAGAGAUACUACCUGUCUGUCCUGCAGCAGCCAGCACAGCAGGCCUUGCUGCUGGACAGGCCGAGGGCCACCUCCAUCCUCAGCUGCCUAACCGACAGUGACCUUCAGGGCCCUGGCGUGCGGAGUCGGAGUCAGGAGCUGCCUGAGAUGGACUCCUUCAGCUCCGAGGACCCCCGAGACACUGAGACCAGCACAUCGGCGUCCACCUCAGACGUGGGCUUUCUGCCCUUGGCCGUCGGCCCGAACACCUCCAUUGAGGAAGAGGCCCAGGAGGACCCCCCACCCUUGGGUCUCCUGCCAGAGAUGUUCCACCUGGUGGGAGGCUCAUUUGUGGAGCAGCCUGGCUGGAGAAAUUUGGGAGUAGAAAGUCCCGACCUGCCACGGGGCUCCCCCUUCGACAACCACAGGGUUCCGGGGAGUCAGGAAGGCCAUGUUGAAGGAGACACCCAGGAUGGAGUGGACGGGCUCAGGGUGCCCCUUGAGAGGCCCCUGCAGGAGGUCCUGGAUUUACUGAGGUCCACGGACCCUGCCCCACCCCAGCUCCGGGAGCUGGAGUACCAGGUCCUCAGCUUCAGGGACCGGCUGAAGCCCCACGGAGCCCGCCUAGAGCAUGCCUCUGCAGAGAGCCUGAUGGAGUGCAUCCUGCAGAGCUUCUCCUUCCUCAACGCUCACAUGGCCCCGCAUGAGCUGGCCCUGUUUGGGGGCUCCCAGGGCCCCCGAAAGGACGGGACCCCACCUCCACCACCGUCACUGAAAGUGUCCACCAGGGAACUCACAGCCGGCGCCCCAGAGCUAGACAUAUUGCUCACGGUUCACCUCCAAAUCUGCAAAGCACUGCUGCAGAAACUGGACUCUCCUAACUUGUCGAGGAUGGUCCAGGAGUGCCUUCUGGAAGAAGCUGCACAGCAAAAGCAGGUUCUGGAGACGCUUUCUGUGCUUGAUGCUGAGAAGGUCAGCAAGGCGACAUCCAUUGAAGAGAUCAUCCCGCAGGCCACGCGGAGGAAGGGCUGCCUGAGGCUGUGGAGGGGCUGCACGGAGCCCGGUGCGGUCCUGUCCUGCCCUGGUGCAGCGCUGCUGGACCAGCUCAAGAAGAUGUUCCUGCACAGAGUCCGAGGGAAAUACCCGGGACAACUGGAAAUAGUGUGCCGCAGGCUCCUGGAGCAGGUGGUCAGCUGCGGCGGGCUGCUGCCUGGAGCCGGGAUCCCCGAAGAACAGACUGUCACCUGGUUCCAGUUUCACAGCUACCUGCGGAGGCAGAGUGUCUCUGACCUGGAGAAGCACUUCGCCCAGCUCACCAAGGAAGUAACACUUGCUGAGGAGCUGCAGGGCGUGGGCCAGGCCAAGACGGUCAGGAAGCUGCAGGGCAAGCGGCUGGGCCAGCUCCAGCCCCUGCCUCAGACGUUGAGAGCCUGGGCGCUGCUCCAGCUGGAUGGCACCCCACGGGUGUCCAGGGCGGCCAGCACUCGCCUGGCCAGCGCAGCCAGGAACAAGAGCUUUCGGGAGAAGGCUUUGCUCUUCUACACCAAUGCCCUGACCGAGAAUGACGCAAAACUCCAGCAAGCGGCAUGCAUGGCGCUGAAACAUCUCAGGGGCAUCGAAAGCAUUGACCAGAUCGCCAGCCUGUGCCAGUCCAACCUGGAGGCUGUGCGAGCGGCAGCCCGGGAAACCACACUGUCAUUUGGUGAAAAAGGACGCUUAGCUUUUGAGAAGAUGGACAAACUCUGCUCAGAACAAAGAGAAGGCGGCUUUGGCCAGGAGGCAGAUGUUGAAAUCACAGUAUUUUAAAAAGCCUCAGCUGAUGAGCUCAAAUCUGGCAUCUUUGGUCUUGCUGCUGCCCAGCCUUGAUCCAGGGAGAGCAGUGGGUGGGGUCCGCGGUGUUCUCCCCUGGAAGCAUGAGCUGGCCAGAGCUGCUCCCCCAGUCUCUGGGCCCGUAAAGAAGCCCCAAGGCACAAGUGAGACUCCUGUGCAGGAGCAGGACACAGGGAGGCAUGGUGCUGUGAGGGCUGCACUUCAAUCAAUCAGCCUUCAGCUCUGAGAAUCUGACCUUCCCCAGUAUGCAGAGCUGGGUCAGUGCCAGCCAGCCAUGCCACAAAGGGGCCUAGGCCAGGUGGAUUGAGGCCUGGCAUAAGCAGGUUGGCUGGCUCAGUACUUCUAGACUGGGACGGAGGAGGCAAGCAGGCCGACUGACUCUGCUGUGGCGUGUGUGGGUCGAAUCACAGCAGCAGCAGCAGCAUGCUGUCACUGUGGCAAGCUGGGGAAGGUCGGAGGGCAGUCAGGGGUUCCACGAUUCACUCCCGUGACCCAAGCUGCAGCCCAAAUGCCACAGUGGAGCUGGGUGGCGGCCUGCUGACCGUGGAACUCAUUUUCACUGUGGUUCAGAAGCACCAAGGAAACAAGAACGUGCCAUCAGCCAAGAAGCCUUGAAUGUCAUGUCAGUAAAAGCACUAAUCAAAGUGGAAUCCAAUUUUUGAAGUAGGUCAACUUAGGGCUUAUUGAAUUGCUUCAGAAGCCAUAAGCUGGUUUGAAGAAAGAUUUCACUGAAGAUCACGCUUAAAGAAAGAAAAUUAGUUUCCUAUUUAAGUCUAUUAAACAAAUGUGGAGAUACUCUGGGUGUGAAUCUGUCAGCAUUGGCGUUGGAAAUCUCUGUCACUUAAACACGCCCACUUACGUUUCUUGUAUGUAUUUUGUGCUUUUUGGUUUAACUUAGUAUUUAUUUGCCUUGUCCACAUGUUGUUUUCUGAAAUCUCAAUUAAAAACUUUUUAUUGGUGUUUCACUCUGCCUGAA